AGUUGAUGAUGGUCACCUUUUCAUUCACUCACUGACUCCCUCCUUUCAUUUCACGUUCAGUAUUCCAAAUCUACCGCUUCUAUUACACACUAAAUUACUCGCAUCUUCGAAGCAAAGAACCCAAUCGGAUCACAAAUACUUGUCUUCAAUCAUCAUCUCAUUGCUUUCAGUCCAAUUUACCUCUCAAAUCUCUCCCUCUCGCUCGCUUUUAUUCUUUGCAGAGUUGUGGCUCUGGUGAUGAUUUAAAGUGAUUUUUGUAAUGGCUGGUGAAAUUGAAGAACCGUUGCGGUUUGAUUUUCAGGCAGAUCAUGUGCACUCUGGAUCAAUUUCAUUUGGAAGAUUUGAAUCUGAAUCAUUAUCAUGGGAAAGAAGAUCAUCCUUCUCACACAAUCGGUAUCUUGAAGAGGUGGAAAAAUACUCAAAACCAGGUUCAGUUACUGAAAAGAAAGCUUAUUUUGAGGCCCAUUUUAGAAAGAAAGCCCUUCUAAAACAAAAUUUAUCCGAAAGCCAAGAUGAGAAAGAAUCCCCAACAAGUGAACACAAUGACCUUGAUGAUUUACAAGAAUCAAAAACUUUCUUCAAUGAAGAAACCAAAAUUCAGACACCUGUGAACAAAAACAUAGAAACUUUAAGUGAAAGUACAUCAGAACCCAAUUCUUCAUCCCUUAUUACUCACACUCCAGAAAAGGACAAAGAUAUGGUUACAAUGGUAAAGCCUACAUCAGAAAUGAAACAACAAAAGCCAAAACUGAAAGCUCAUGACGUUAAUUCUGUGAAGGCUAAAACAAAGGAAACUAAAAGUUUACAUAUGAAGGAAAAAGAAAAGAAGCCACCUCAACCUGCUACUCCCAUUACACAUUCUGUGAGAAAAACUUUAAAAUCAGAGGAAUCAAGUAUGAGUUUUCUGAAGGCAAAAGUACUUCCUCUAAAUAAAAGCAUUGUGAAAGAAUAUAAAUCUUUAAAACCAAUGGAAACAAAGUCUUUGAUGUUGGAGAAGAAAUCUGCCAACAGGAUUAAACAAACUACAAUGACACCAAGUGUGAAUAAGGGCUCUACAGGUUUCACUUUUAGGAGUGAUCAACGAGCAGAAAAAAGGAAAGAGGAAAAAAGGGUAGCUGACAUGGCACAAACCCGAAAAACUCACAACUUUAAAGCAACACCAAUGCCUUCUUUCUACAAAGAAUCUAUAAGACCGAGUUCUUCACCUUCAUUAGCAAACAAAAACCAACAAAAGAAAAAGGAGUUGACUUUUCAACGGAAGCCAACAAAAGGACAACGGGUGUUGAAAAAAGAGGUAAAAGGAGUUGACUUGGUCAACGGUCCAAAACAUGGCUACUUAGCAAUUGGUGUUGCUAUUUGAGCUUUGUCAUAGGAAGGGAAAUAAAGAUGUGGGUAUGUGCCAACUGCCAAGUUGUUACACCUACAAAUUGUCGUGGGUAGAUCAUGAUAGAAAUUACCGAAUUACCCUUUGUAUUGGAAAGUAUUAUGGUGUUACUAUACGUGGAAGGGUGUUAGUUAUGUAGGUGAAAUAUUGAAAUGGAUGUUGUCUAGUUAAACAUAAUGUUGCAUGUGUAAUGUGUAAUGGGAUUUGUAUAUAAUAUGUAGAGGUGUUAAGUAUGUCUUAAUAUACAUAAUGG